AUGACAACUCCUUUGUAUAGGCUGAUGCCUCUAAGCCCCCGUGUGCAGGCUCUACAACAAGACGCAACGACAGAAGUUUUGACUCUCUUUCCCGUUGAGAAGAAAGAAGGGUUGUUGACUUAUGGCUUACCCAAGUCAUGUGGACUACUGUGUGAGGCUUUGUUACAAGAUCUGGAAGAGGAUCUCAAAUCGUGGGCCAGAGGGUUCGGAAUGGUCAUUAAAGAUCUCAAAAUGCCUGAGAUUAGCCCCCAGGCUUUUCGUCUCGAAAAAGGCAACACUUCGACAUUGCUAAAAGGGUAUACUGCAGUUGUCGUGGCCCUCGGAAACACAAAAUACGAUGUUGAGCUCGUUUCCAGAGACAAACGGUCUUCGCAGAAGGAGACGUGGGAACCAGCAUCUGCCCUUCAUCUCCGGGAAACGGGGCUCAAAGCUCAAGGAGGACACAUAAGGUUCCUCUACAUCCCUCUCCAUCUGGAACCCAUAUAG